UCUGUGCGCCUCCGGCAGUUGAGAGUAGAUUGCCGUAGACGCUGAGCGAACAGGUGUGGUCAUGUUUGCACAUGUUGAAGUCUGGCGAUGGUUAUAAGAUGGAGCAGUGUCAGGUACCAGCAGACAUGAAAGGGACGAAAUCCAAACAGAGCACAAAAAUUUUGAAGAAAAUGAAGAAAAAUUUAAGACCCAACAGAUCCACGGCACAGAGUGACAGAGACGUGACCCAAUCAGAAACCAAUGAAGACCAUGGGGAGGAGACCAACACGCAAAAGGACAGUCUCACUGCAGACCGUGAACUCUCAGCCAGCAAUGACAGUCUCUCUGACAACAGCAACGCAGAGGGCUCAGAAAUUUUGAAAAAAAUGAAGAAAAAUUUAAGACCCCUCCGAUCUACAGCACAGGUUGGCAGGGAAGUGAACCAAUCAGAGGGUGCUGAGGAUUAUGGGGAGAAGACUGAAACCCGACAGGACAGUCUUUCUACUCACAGGGAACUCUCAGCCAGCAACGACAGUCUUUCUGACAACACAAAGAGGUCCGGAAUUUUGAAGGAAAUUAAGAAAAAGUUACGACCCAUCAGAUCUACAGCACAGAGUGACAGAGAAGUGAGCCAAUCAGAGAGCACUGAGGACCAUGGGGAGGAGACCAACACCCAAAAGUUCUGCAUGAGAGAAGACAGUCUUACUGCACACAGUGAACUCUCAGCCAGCAAAGAUAGUCUCUCCGAUAUUAGCAACUCAGAGGGUCCAGGAAUUUUGAUGAAAAUGAAGAAAAAUUUAAGACCUGUCAGAUCUACAGCACAGGGUGGCAGGGAAGUGAACCAAUCAGAGGGUACUGAGGAUUAUGGGGAGAAGACUGAAACCCGACAGAUCAGCUCUGAUACCGACAGCGUGGACCCCCCACAGACACACAGCAACACAGAGACAGAGCUGGAGGCCCCCGACAACACACAGAAAAAAGGGGGGAAACUUGCUGGGAUUUUCCGAAAAUCCCCCAAACUCGCAGAGCGCAGUCUACCGUCGCAGGAAAAUGAAUCUACACCCACUGAGCUCUCAGCCAGCAACGACAGUCUCUCAGAAGUGAGUACUAAGGAAAAAGGCGACAAGCUCACAGACUGGUUCAGAAGAGCCCCUAAACCCGCUGAACGCACGAGGCCUGCUCAGGAAAAUGAAUCCACACGCAGUGAGCUCUCAGCCGACAGUGAGAGCGUCUUGGAUGUGAACACGAAGGAGAAAGGAGGAAUGUUCAGCGGGAUGUUCAGAACCAAAUCUCCCAAACCUGCAGAGAGCACUCCGUCGGCAGAGGAUGAUGAAUCUAUACAGAGAGAACUCUCAGCCAGCAAUGACAGUCUCUCAGACAUCAACACAAAGGAGAAAGGAGGAAUCUUCGGUGGAAUGUUCAGGAAAUCUCCCAAAACGUCUAGAGAUCGUACACCUGCACAGGACAGUCUCUCUAUACACAGUGAACUCUCAGUCAGCAACGACAGUCUCUCCGACAACAACUCAAAGACAGCAAGAGAAUCAAGCCAAUUAGACAGCACUGAGAAUCACAAGGAGGAGACAGACAACCAACAGGACAAAGUGUUUGGUGGGCUUCUCUGGAAGAUUCCUAAAGACAGGACCGCCACCUUCACUAGUUAUGUAACGGACAGUAACCUGGUUGAAGAGAAGGGCAGGCCUGACAAUAAACAGAUCAGCUUUGAUGCUCUCAGUGUGGACCCCCAACAGACACACAGCACCACAGAGACGGAGCUGGAGGCCCCCGAUAACACACAGAAAAAAGGAGGGAAGCUCGCUGGACUUUUUCGAAAAUCCCCUAAACCUGCUGAGAGCACCCUACUAGCACAGGAAGAUGAAUCUAUACAGAGAGAACUCUCAGCCAGCAAUGACAGUCUCUCAGACAUCAACACAAAGGAGAAAGGAGGAAUCUUCGGUGGAAUGUUCAGAUCCAAAUCUCCCAAACGUUCUCGAGAUCCCACACUUGCACAGGACAAUCUGUCUGCACACAGUGAGCUCUCUGGCAGCAAAGACAGUCUUUCUGACGACAUACAGAUCAGCUUUGAUGCCAAUGAUGUGGGCCCCCCACAAACACACAGCACCACAGAGACAGAGCUCGAGGGCCCUGAUGACACACAGAAAAAAGGAGGGAAGCUCGCUGGACUUUUUCGAAAAUCCCCUAAACCUGCUGAGAGCACUCUACUAGCACAGGAAGAUGAAUCUAUAGAGAGUGAACUCUCAGCCAGCAACACAAAUCUUUUAGACAUCAACACAAAGGAGAAAGGAGGAAUCUUCAGUGGAAUGUUCAGAUCCAAAUUUCCCAAAGGUUCUAAGGAUCCUACACCUGCACAGGUUUCCAUGGACACUGAGAGUGGAACCCUUGCAGGAGGAGAUGAAAAGAGGGAGGAGUCACGUAGGCCGAAGAGGAAGGUAUCAUUCAGAGUGACGAGAACUCUUCCUAGAACUCCAAAAAUUACCUUACUACCCCCAAUUCAGGAUUCUGAGGAAGAGGAACUCUUGGAGAAGUCUUUUGAGAUGGUGGAACUGCCCUCAGUGCAGGAGAGCUCAGUGGAAGUUCAGAUGGUGGAGAUGGCACCUUUGCCAAGUGAAACAAAUCCCCUUGACACUACAGAGGACGACGAUGACGGCUUACUGGAUUGGUGGAGAACAGUGGAAGGUUGGAACGAGUGGAAUGAAUCUUCAAACUUUAAAGAGGAUGAGGAAGAGCUGGCGAUCGAGCAGGCCGCUGACCGCGUGUACCUGGGAGCCCAGCUCUUCGUGCGCCUCUUCAACCAGCGGGGGGCGUCCUUGCAGAAGCGCAUCCUGGAGCUGCUCGCGCUGGCCGACGCGGCGGACAGCUUCCACAAGCGCGCCUUGAAAGCCAGCAUGGGUGGCCGGGUGGCCAGCGUGAUCGGGAGCGUGACCACCAUCACGGGCCUCAUCCUCGCCCCCUUCACCUUCGGCAGCUCCAUCAUCGUCACGGCCGUGGGCAUCGGCGUGGCGACCGCGGGCACCAUCACCUCCGCCUCGGCCCACAUCACGGACUCCGUCCACUUCACCCUGGACCGCAAGAAGGUGGAGAAGAUGAUCGAGGGCUACCAAGAGGAGGUAAAGGACAUCCGGGAAUGCAUGGAGUUCGUACAGCAAGGGAUGCAUACACUGCAAGGGUGGAACUUUGAGAAGUACACAGACAGCGUGGCAAAACGCGCCCUGAAUCGGAACAUUAAACACGUUGUGAAGGAAGGCGCUCGAGCAGGCAAGGCUCUAAUGAUCAACACAGACAGACUGGUCAGCACCGUGCAAGUACUGAGUGUAGCAGGUGGUGCUGCCAAAGCCGCCCAGGCAAUCAGUGUCACCACUGGUGUCAUGUCAGCACUCUUCCUCGCUCUCGACAUCUUCUUCCUCGCCAAGGACUCUCAUGAUCUACGCAAGGGUGCCAAGACCAAAUUCGCAAAAAAGCUUCGUGAAGUGUGCAAGGAACUACAGGAUGGACUUCUAGAAUUGAACAAAGUCAAAACUGCCUUGCAGAAGACCAUGGAUGGCAUUGAAGUGGAAGAGGUUGAAGAGGAGGAGGAGGAGGAGGAUGAAGAGGAUUUGGCCCUUAAGUCUGACCCAGCAAAAAUGGCCCAACUGGAGGAGGAGAUAAACCAGAUAGAACAGAAACUGGACCAGGAAGUUCUGGAGAAGAAAAAAGAGGGGGAAGGAGAGGGAAGAAAGGAGUCCAGAAGAAAUGAUAGUAAGCAAGACCAUGUAAAGCCCCAAGGUGGAAAGAUAGAAAAGGGUGAAAAAGAAAGUGCGAAGGGAGAGAAGGGGGGAAGAGUAGAAAAAGAAGGGAAGGCAGAAAGUGAAGGUGGAAAAUUUGGAAUAAAUGAAAUGUCAAAGGGGGGACACCAAGAAAAUGGGAAUGAAGACAGAAAAAAAGAGAAGAGAGAGGGGGAUAUAAAAAGGGAAAAGAAGAGAGAUGGGAAGAGCUCUCAGGGGGACCCCAGAUAUAGAGAUAUAGAGGGGGAGCCCAUCCUUCACUGGCCGAGCCGAUGUCAUAGUUAA